AUGUCAAUAACUGUUAUCAAACCUUCAAGUAUCUUGUCAGCUGAACAUAACGCCGUGAGACUAAAUUACCCUCUUAUUAAAAUGCAACAAUUAAAUAUGGCACCUGCUAUCCAACCUUCUUCAAUACCCACCGUUCAUCAAUCUUUAUCAAUAAUUGUACUGAACCAGAAAUUGAUUGCGAUGCUUCCAGAUUCUGAUGUUCGUCUUCCAUCCUUUGCUCUCCCUUGCGGUGUUGCUGGCUCAAAGAAAGACAAUUCCGCAUAUGGUAAAAUUGGUAAAAUCAAGAAACCUCCAAGACCUCCAAGACCUCCAAACGCUUUUAUUCUUUACCGUCGUGCCAAACAACCACAAAUCGUUGCUCAACAUCAAGGAAUUUCUAAUAAUAUGUGGCAUGAAGAACCUUUAGAAGUACGCCUCAAAUUCCAAAAAAUGGCUGAGGCUGCAAAAGAAGAAUAUAUGAAAAAAUACCCUGAAUAUAGAUAUAGGUCCAGACGUCCUCAGGAAAGAAACCGACGAAUUCCUACCUUCUCACGAGAUGCUGGCUUACCACAUAAUUUACUUGUAGAUAACAAGACUUCAGGAUCUAGACGUAUCCCUUCAGGAUUAAACAAUUCUGAUGGUUAUCUCUCUGAUUAA